AUGGUUGUGUCCACUCAGAAAACAGACACAAUGGCCAAGAAACCAUCCGCACAGAUUACCUAUUUUGAAGACAAGAACUUCCAGGGCCGUCAGUAUGAGUGCACUGGAGACUGUGCAGACAUGCAGUCCUACUUUUCUCGCUGCAACUCCAUCCGUGUAGAGAGCGGCUGCUGGGUGGCCUACGAGAAGCCCAACUACGCGGGAUACCAGUACAUGCUGUCCAAAGGCGAAUAUCCUGAUUUCCACCGCUGGGCUGGAUUCAACGACUGCAUCCGUUCCUGCCGCAUGGUUCCUCCAUACAAUGGAAACUAUAGGAUGAAGGUCUUCGAGCGCUCUGAUUUCGGUGGUCAGACGAUGGAGUUUAAUGAAGACUGCCCAGAUCUACGUAAGAGAUUCCACAAUGGAAACAUCUCCUCAGCCAAUGUGAUGGAAGGCUACUGGAUGCUCCACGAGCACCCCAAUUACACUGGCCGGCAGUUCUUCCUGCGCCCCGGAGAAUACAGGAGGCACGUCGAGUGGGGCAGUCCAAGCCCUGGCAUCGGCUCCCUGCGACGUGUCACUGACCUCAAAUGA